AAUAGAACAAGACGGAACUUUGGGGUCAUUAUUAUUAAGUGACAUCAGUAAUGAUGUGACAAUAUUUUAACUUCAAAUUUUUUUUUUUUAGCUUAAUAAUUUACUACAGCCAUGUUGCUCAGGAGCCAAAAAGGUAACUUGGCGCUCCAAUGAACGUCAUUCAUGACAUCACGUACACAGGAAGUGGAGUCGGACUACACAUGCGAGGAACAUAGUCUCUGCUCAGACUGUAGUGUGUGGGUGUGAACCUACACACUACUGUGACACUGUGAUUGACAAUGACUGCCUUAUGACUAUAAUGAGGUCAAGUCAAAGAUGAAUUUGGCCAAGGGGAUGUUUCAGAUGCGGGGUGUGAGUUCCUGCUUUCAAAGACUCAUUCACAAGGUCCCCAUGAACCGAGACCAGGUUCUGGAGCAGUUGCAGGUCUGCUCUGCUGAGGAUCAAGUGUUGGAUGUGGUGGGUAAGAACAAGGCCAAGCUCACCGUGGACCACGUGAACACAGCUGUGAAUAUGCUGUGGCACUUCCAGAAAGACAAACCGCAGUUGCUGAGAACAGUUGAGUUCAUCAAAAGUCACCCGCAGUUCCUGACGCUGCGGGUUCUGGCAGAGAACAAAAUUGAACUCAUGGAUGAUUUUAUGUUGGUGGACUUGCUCUAUAGUUUUCUCAGGCUGAAUGUGGAUCCUCAUGACUCUCUGGUUCAGCAGUUAGUUUCUGAGGCUUGGCUAAGAUUAGACAAACUUCCAAUGACGUCGCUAUCCAAGUUUGCAAUCUGUCUAAACGAUCAGCGCCUUCAUCACAGUUCUCUGAUGGGCCAAAUCGCCAGUAUUGUGGAUCAGAAGUUGUCAUCCAUUGAUGAUGCCAGGAUCCUCACUACAUUUCUGAUCAGUGUGACGUCCCUGGUGUCUCCUCGUCUUCGAGACACCCUCAUUAGCAGGGCAGACCACCUCCUAGACAAAAUGGAUCCGUCCAAUGCUAACAACGCUCGUAGAGUGGUGCAGUUCCUGCGUAACAUUAAGUGCAGCCAUAGGCCCAUGCUGGAGAAGUGCAACCAGAUACUUCUGUGCAACAUUCCCAAAAUGGAUGCAGAGAACAUCUGUAUGCUAAUAGGGCUGUAUCAGUCCCUGCAGUUUCACAACUGUGACUUCAAGCUGGCUGUGAAACAACGUCUGACAGAAUUGAUUGAUUCCAGCAUUGACCCACACUCCUUUACCAAACUCUUUGUCAGUUUGGCACCCAUGGCCAGUCUGGAGAUGAGAGAUAGGUUGGAGAGCACAGCCCACAUGCUGGCUGAUGAGUUUGACGCUCAACAGGUGAUGGCUAUUGCAGAAACGCUGGAAGAGAUUCGGAGCAGGAACCUGAGCUUGAUGAACAAAAUUGCUUCAGGAAUUCAAAAGAACCUUGACGUUUACAACCCAGUGGAGGUCACCAGAAUCACACGGGCACUUUUUAUGUUGCAUUACCAGAAUCCAGAACUCUUCACCAAACUAAGAAACGCCAUAGUGGGCUUUUUAGAGCGCAGCUUCUUCCCCAGCGAGGUGACCAUGCUGACCCGUGUUCUCUCCAUGUUUCCUUCCCCGCGCCUGGAGGAGGCCGUGAUCUUGCGGCUCAAUGCGGUGGUGUCCCAGUGCACUUUCAACGACCUCAACGCCAUUUCCUUUGCUCUGGGGAAGUGGAUACGCAACGACCCGUCAUACCGCCACAGCACUCCCAGCAGGUACGUGCGUCUGCUGCAGACCCUCAGCCGCUGCGGCCACGGCAGGCUGCAGACGGCCGAGCGACUGGACGUGCUGCUGGAGGAGCUCAGGUAUGUUUCGGGGGAGUGGUUUGAGGAAAUGCUGCUGGAAGAGACCAUGUUCACGCUGCAGAGGAUGAUGGACCAAAUCAAUUGGACAAACGUGGCAGAGCUGUCCCUCUUUGUAGCAAGGACACAUCAGGUCUGCCCUCCCUUAAUGGAGCGCAUCGCCAGUGUGGCCAUUCAAGACAUUCAGAAGAUUGACCCCUCAGCGAUGUAUUCCAUCCUGCUUCCCUUUUCCUUCUUCAACUAUGAUCCAGAAGGAGAAGAUCAGUUGUACGACGUUUGCAUACAGCGCUUCACUCCUCAUAUUAGCUCCUUUGACCCUCAUCUACUGGUUCUGCUGGCCUACUCUUUGGCGGUAGCUGAGUAUUUUCCUGAGGAACUUGUCAGAGAAAUCUUCAACAUAGAAUUUCUGGGCAAGCUGGACAUCGAGCUGGAAAUGCUGCCCGACACCCUCAACAUGCGGACCCGACUACGUCUCAUGGAGCUUAACCGUGCCGUGUGUCUAGAGUGUCCCGAAUUUCAAGUGCCGUGGUUUCAUGAACGCUACUGCCAGCAAAUGCUGGACAGAGGGAAGGGUUUCGUCAGUCCCGUGCAGCAGCAAAUCCAUAAAAUGCUGGCUGAAGUCCUUGGUGGCAUGAACUUCGUUAAGGCAGCAGAGGUCACGCCUUAUUUUUACACUUUAGACUUUGAAUGCAUUCUGGACAAGCACCUUCAGCCAUUGGCAUACAGCAAGCCAGGAACUCUGCAGAUCUCGGAUAAAGGAAAGAUUCACUGGGGUCCAAGCUCACUGGACACCAUCAGGAAGGAGCUUCCACCAGGGGCGCAGCGUGUGUCUAUUGACUUCCUGGACUCCAAGUCCUUCUGCAAAAAUUCCCAGCAUAUAAAAGGCGAGGCGCAGAUUAGGAAGCGACACCUGGAAAUCCUGGGAUAUCGUGUUAUUCAGAUCCCCCACUUUGAAUGGAACUCCAUGGAGCUCUCUACACCGCAGUCUUGGAAGGAAUACCUCAAGAAGAAAAUAUUUUUCUCACCCUGAAAGCCUUAUUUAUUGAAUAGACAUUUUGAAUUUCACUGCAGUAAAGUGCGCCUUACAGGUGGUCCUCUGUUUGCGUCUCAUGGUAACGAAUGACUGAAUUACAAUUUUUUAAUUUGGUCCAUAAACACGACACUUGCUCGAAAACUCGUUACAGUACGAGCCACACGGUGUACAACAGUAUAGUGUGUGCCUGCUCAGCCACACUUUGUGGUUGAUUUUUUUACACGUCAUGAUGUCUCCCAAGCAGCAGUGCGCCAAAGAAAAGGAAAGCCAUCAGCAUGGAAGUGACAGUGAACAUCAUGAAAAGCUCGUAGUGAGGAGACACGCCCACCAAUAUUGGCCGCUUGAUUCAGGAUAAAGAUGACUGAAUGCUAAUGAAUGCAAGAGGGGUCAUGGAUUUGGUGCGCUAUUACAAGAUUAGCCUGAGACAAUAUUUGAAGAAGGCUGAAAGGCAUGUGAGACAACUGCAGGGAUAAAAGUAAGGACUUUUUAUGACUCUUUCAUGUCAUUCUUCUAUUUCAUCAUUUUUAUGAGCGUAUUUGACAUGUCCUACAUGUGUUGUAUACAGUGUGAGUGACUUAGGAGUUCAUUUAGCUAUCAUUAAGUUUCCCCUUCCACUAAAACUCCACUUACAUCACAGUCUAGGAAUGCAACUCCUUUCUAACCCGGGGGCCACCUGUAUUGGUAUUCAGAAAUUCAUGAAAUUGACAUGAGUCUACCUCAUUUAUUUUGUGCUUUUUGUACAGUAAUAAAUGUUUGAAUAUGUUUCUGUUUGUGUGUAUUAAUCUUAAAAAAAAUGU